AUGAUUAGGAAACUCAAAGUUUUACAAUGGUCAUCUGAUGUUUCUCGUACCAUCUUAUGCACAAACGUCACACUCGCACAAUCCUCGAAAUGUUUAACAACUAUCACGAAUCAUGUCAAACAAACUACCCCUGUGUACAUUCCCAUAACUUCGGAUCAUCUCAAACAUCAAAGAACCUAUGAAGCUCUUGUCUUUCCGAACAAAGUCUCCUACCCAGAUGUUUACUCGUGCACCAAGAUGAUCCAAGGUCAUGUAAGAAACAAUCGGCUUAACAACGCCUUGAAGCUGUUCGACGAAAUGCCAGUUCGGGAUGUGGUAACAUGGAACUCUAUGAUCAAAGGCUGUUUCGACUGUGGGAAUUUGGAGUUAGGUUGUAAGCUGUUUGAAGAAAUGCCUGAAAGAAAUGUGGUUUCUUGGACGACGAUGUUAAACGGGUUGUUGUUAUAUAAAAGGACAAAAGCAGCUGAAAAGUUGUUCUUGGAGAUGCCAUUAAAAGACGAAGCUACCUGGAAUUCAAUGAUUCAUGGAUAUUUCAUAAAUGGGAGAGUAGAAGAUGCUGUGAGGUUGUUCCACGAGAUGCCAAACAGGAGUAUCAUCACUUGGACCUCCAUGAUCAGCGGGCUUGAUCUAGCUGGAAAGAGUGAUGACGCGUUACUUCUCUUCAACCAGAUGAUGCCAUCUGGCAUUCGACCCACUUCAUUUACAUUCUCAUCUGCAAUAACAGCUUCUGCAAAUGCAAAAGAUUUCCAUUUAGGUGUCAAGAUCCAUGGUCAGGUAAUCAAACUUGGUUACCUUUCAGACACAUACAUUACUUCCCCUUUAAUCACAUUUUAUGCACAUUGCAAUGACACUGAUAGUUCCUCAAAAGUUUUUAAUGAGAAUCCACAAACGUCUGUGGUAGUCUGGACUUCCCUCUUAACUGGAUACAGUUUAAAUUCCAAACAUGAGAAAGCAUUACAAGUAUUCUCCAACAUGUUUAGAUCUAAUGUUCUUCCAAAUCAAUCUUCAUUCACUAGUGCCUUAAAUUCAUGUUGUGAAAUGGAAGAUUCAAACAAAGGGAAUGUAAUCAAUGGAGCAGCUAUCAAACUAGGACUUGAAUCCGACAUGUUUGUAGGCAAUUCCCUUAUUGUAUUCUACACAAAACAUGGGAAUAUACAAAACGGAUUAUCCGUAUUUAAACAAAUACCUAAAAAGAAUAUUGUUUCAUGGAACUCUAUGAUUGUAGGAUGUGCACAAAAUGGUUAUGGGAUGUGGAGUUUAAUCCUUUUUAACCAAAUGAUAAGUAAAGGGAUGUUAAAUGAAGCUGAUGAUAUAACAUUUACUGGGCUUCUUUCUGCUUGUAGUCAUUCUGGAAUGUUAGAAAAAGGACAAAAUAUAUUUAACUAUUUAUUAAAGUAUAAGUUUAAGAAGGUGAAGCUUGAGCAUUAUGCAUGUAUGGUUGAUAUUUUAGGGCGUAGUGGGAGGUUACAUGAAGCUGAAGAGUUGAUUAAAAACAUGCCAAUGGAACCGAAUAAAUCUAUUUGGCUAUCUUUACUUAGUGCUUGUAAGAUGCAUUCAAAUUUAAAAAUGGCUGAAAGAGUUACACAAGCUAUUUUCAACAUAGAUCAAGAUUGUAGUGCUGCGUAUACGCUUUUAUCAAAUUUGUAUGCUUUUUCUGGUAGAUGGAAUGAUGUUUUGAGAAUUCGGGAGUUGAUGAAAAGCAAAGGGGUUGUAAAAGAGCCAGGGCAUAGUGUUGCAUAG